GUUCAAAUAGUUCUUGUCGUUCUUGUCGAUCUUCGCUGCAGGAGAAGUCGCCCGUGCUGCUUCUCCGUUAAAUCGUGGUUAAAUCGUGAGAAGUUAUAUCGAGCGUCGUGGCAAUGCAGAUAUGUGCGCUGUGAUAACAUGAAAAAGUGACUGCUGCGUAACUAGAACUAGAAGUUUUUCUUCAAAAACGAAAAGCGCGCGCAACGCAAAGCUUCUGGACGAUAAUUAUUAGAACAGGAAACGAAACUGACAAAUAACUUAGAACUCGAGUUCCGAUGGUGAAAGAUAAUCUAAGAAAAAAAGAAGUUGUACACGAAUUGCCAUAACUAAUCUAUCGCAUAGAUAUUACUCGGGGAUAUUCAAGUUUAGACGAUGUGCUGUGCUUUUUUAUCAAUCUUGAGCCUUAUACAGCUCAUGGGUAGUGAGAUUGCCAAAAAAAGAGCCUCCCAUACAGUGGAUUUAUCUUAAAUAAGAAACAAAAUUAAUGGUUUCGGAUAUAUAAACUUCUCAAUUAUGCAAGAAACCAGUGAAAAUGAUGUAACAAAAUUGUCAAAAAAUCAAGUCUCUAUUGAUGAGGUUAUAAUGAAUGAUACUACUAAUAAGUAUCCAGAAAAUAAUAGGGCUUUAGCAAGGGAAGAGGGUUCUAUGGUAUCCAAUCUUCCUCUCUUAUUCGCUAAUGGAUAUCCCACAUCCUUGGAGAAAAUCACAAUGGUACAAUUAGAACGUUUUAUACUGUUCAUGGUUCAUUGUUCACUGGGUCAUGACACCACUAAAAUUAUUAACAAACCUGAGUGGUGGCCUCAAGAUGUUAAAUUUUCAAGUCCAUUAACAAGACCCAAAAAAAUCAAUGAUAAUUGGAUGGCAAACUUAAAGAAACUGGUAUUCCGAUGUUAUACAUACCAUAGAAGUGAAUAUCUGUUACGUUUUUGUUCCUAUCUGGCACAAUAUCCUCAUGAAGAAUUAGAAUACGUUAAUAAUUGGGACUCCACAACUAGUCUGUAUCACAAAAGUACUGGAAAGCUACUAGUAACCUUCCGUAAUGAAAAUAUGUAUUACGACAGGAAAAAUGACAGUUUUCGAAGAACUUUGUUAUCUCAUAAUGCUUCUUCAUCGGGCUACGGCAACAAAACUAAACAACAAGCCCCUAUGAUGGUUCAACCGUGCGAUGAUAUUUAUCUGUGUGACAAUUGCGACGCCGAAUUUAUAGGCCUCGCGGAAAUGAAGGAGCAUGAAAAAAUAUGCUGCGAACUAGAUCACGGCGGUAGUGGUUCGCGUUCAUCUACACCAGAUCUGACUGUAGUCGAGACUGAACUACAACAGAAUCAAUUUCUGGAAUAUUUUCAAUUGUCCUCGAAUAAGACUGAAGCUAAGUUGAUUGAAACGAAUAAUGUGAGUGUUCCUGAUAACAGUAUUGUUAGACGAACGUCUCGGCGUAUUAGAGGUUCUGUUAGUUUCACAAGAUGUGCCACUAUUCCGUUUUCAUCGCCUGCCGGAAUGAUAUUAGGAAAGAAGUCGAAAGCAAUGACUGAGGACACACAGCAAGAACGAUUAGAUAGAAUAGAGAGGCAUGUUAUUGCGCCAGUAUUGACGAUGGAAUCGUCUAGACCAAAGUGGUUGAAUAUGGACGUAGAUUACGAUAGAUGGCUAGUGACGUACAAACAAAACCGGGAUAAACUGAUCGACGAGUAUGUGCAUCAAUACAAAUUUGUCAACUCUAAAAACAAACCAACGUUAAGCAUAAAAUCGCAAUUGUUAUACAUCACAUGUCGACCUAUUUAUGUUGUUCUUACUCGAUUGAGCGAGAAGCAAAUCGAUGAACUGAAAAAGGAUCCUUCAAAAUAUCAGUGUCCCCAGAAAAAUAUUAAUGUGCGAAAGGUUUUGUUAACGAGGAAAGCGGGACCCGCUAGUAAAACGAGACUUAGAAAGGUAACUUAUCGGCAAAGUGCAUCUAGAUCUUCGAAACGUAAAGCACCGUUGGGGGAUGAGUUUGAUCCGAUAGUUCUUGAAGACGAAGUAACUAACGUUAAUACAUCAGAAGCUAAAGAGGCCUUAAUCGCAUAUGCUGCUGUAAAAUCAUCUACAAAUAGUACAGAGGCUACAAAACUAAUCAGAGAGAGAAAAUGUUCGCCAAGUACGAUUAUGUUGAUUAACCUCUGCUCAUCUGAUGAAGAAGAAGACGAUUCGAAUAUUCGAACGCCUUGCGACGAAAACAGAGAUCCUAUGAACAUAGCAGAAUCUCCGAUCUCAAAGACCUUUGUGCGAAAAUUAACGCCGAAACAAACUUUACGCGAAAGCCUGCAUUUACCUCGCACAAUAAAUAGACUGGUUAUUGAACAACGUACUGAACGAAGAUAAAACCGAAAGCGAGUAUUGUUAGAAAAAAAAAAAAAAAAAAAAAAAAUGCAUAUAUUUUUUUCCAAUCCUGGCAUUUUAUAUAUUGAAUCCAUAUUAAGUUAUCAGAUAUAAUACCUUAUUCUGCUUGUAUACAUGUUAUAUUUUUGACAUAUUUAUUCUAUUGAUUGGUUAAUAAUAGUAAUAAUUAAAAUCAUAUUACGUUAACUAUUAUGAUUUUGAUAUUAUUGCGAAGAAUAAAAAUCAAGAGUCUCAUUGAAAUUGAAGAAUUUAGAAUGGAUUGAUUUAGUCGAAUUAAAUUUAAGAGGCGGCAUAUAUAUACAUAGAGGUCUGUUAUUUGUAUGAUAAUCGAAUAAUAGAAUUGAUUAUGUAAUCAUAUCUUAAUUUUAAUAUAAGUUUUGAUUUAAGUAUAUAGAUAUAUGUACAUAAAGUACUGAAUAGAAUGUAUGAACUA